AUGGAAGAGGUCGUCAUUGCCACGGGGAGCUACGACGGGUCGAUCAAGCUCUGGCGGCCGACCUCUGAAAGUGCGCUCCGCACGCUGAACUUCGGAAAGGUCGCCAACGGGCUGGCCCUCAGCGCGGACCGGAAAGUCCUGCUUGCAGCCGGGUUCUCCGCCACGACCGUUUAUGACCUCGGCUCUGCCGGGCGGGACCCAGUCGCCGCCUUCGACGGACACCUCUCCAACGUCACAGGAUGCUGCUUUCUCCAGGGCGACUCGACCGUCGCCAGCGUGGGCGAGGACGGACGCCUUCUGCUCUUCGACACCCGCGGGGGGAAGCAGACUAGCUGCAUCGUCCACGACGCGGCCCUCAACACGCUCUCUGUCGCGUGCGACCGGGGGGAUGCGGCGCUCCUCGUCACGGGAGAUCAGGAGGGUCGCCUGCUUGCGUACGAUCUGCGCCAGCCCCGGCACCCCUUCGCAACGACGGUCGCGUUCGAGUGCGACGUCGGCGUCCGUUCGGUCAGCUGCGCCCCGGGGGCUCAAAUCCUCGCGUGCUCUGACGGGCGGGGCAUCGUCCGCGUCUACGCCUACAAGGGCAGCAGCCACUUCUUCGCGCCUCAGCAGUCCAUCCAGGCGCACUUGGAUGCCGUGAUGCACGUCAACCUCUCUCCGGACGGGGCCGUCCUGGCGACGUGCAGCGCCGACAAGACUUGCAAGAUCUGGUCCGUUGCUCUUGAGGAGGACUGCUAUCUGACGCGCGCCCGCGUGCUGGGGACAAACGAGGCCACGGUCUGGGCGAGCGCCUUUAGUGCGGACUCGGCGUGCAUCAUCACGGCCGCAGACAAGAGCGCGAAGCUCUGGAACAUCGCGGGCGACCCGACCGACAAGUAUGUCUACGCCUACAACGGGCACUCGCACACCGUGACGACGGUGGUUCUCGGAGACGUCCGCCUUCCCCUGUGA